CGCUAUCCGAGUUUUGUUACUAGCAAAUAUGUCGGCGGCCUCUGGGAUUCUCCUUACCACAGACAUUACGGACACGGAAAGUACCCAGAUGUCACGGGAUUGCAGACUUCUGUAUUAUUAGAUCAUCCACACCACAGGGGAUUUUAACAGCAACGAAGACUUGGUUGUUUAAAUGGCUGGCGCUACCUUCGCUUUAAUGAAAAUUAGCAUUGGCGCUGUGUAGCUUGUGGAGAGGACCUUGGCACCGCUGUUUCUUUCUGUUGGAUUACGGAUGCGAGGCGUUGUCCCUUAACGCCUGGAGCAGUCAUCCUUUACCUGCGCGUCCCCAUCGCUUUAUUUUUGGACACGCAUGCACAGGAAUAAGGUGUAACCAUUCCUUCAUCUGACUGGAUUUCAAUUGGAUACACGGACUGUAGCCUACCAACACCUGCUAAAAUCCUGGUUUACAAUUCCCUAUAAGAAGACAAAUCAAGCCAAACUUUUUAUAAUUAAGUUUUGUUUGUCACUUAUGAACUUUGGGACUUUCCUCCAGAGGGAUGGAUUCCUAAGGGACUGCUGUGGCUGGGUGUUAUCCAAGCCUGACUGCUCCAAGCUGGGCAGUAAAACCAAGAAUUUCCCUGGAGGGAACUAUGGAGAGAAAUUUAGCUCGGUGGCUAACGUAAAUAGCAUUAGUCACUACAUACAGACAUUUGAACAAGUUGUGAGUCAUUUGAACUUCGUACUUUGUCAAACUUCAAACUUGAUCUUGAAAUAUUUAUCAUGGACACUAAUGGAUUUUCUCACAGAUGUUUUGGAAAAUGAAGGGACCACUAUCAUCUGCUAAUGUUUGCACUGUCAAAACAAGCACAUUAUUAUUUUGGAGGGUGGAGGGAGAGGUGGUGUAAGCAAUCCACCUGCAAAGUAUAGGCAUGCCUCCACGCAGGAAAACUAGGCUACUCCACUGGCCCGUUCAAAGACUGCUGUUUUUAAUACGAAUUUGGCACUGCAAAAGUUGUGCCGAUAUUAUCAACUAAGGACUUAUUUUGUAUUAUUUUGCAAGAUAUAUUUUUCUGCUACUGCUGAAGACUUCAUUUAAACAGAGAAAAAUAUUAAUUUGUCAUACAUUUGUUUUGCUACUUAGCUUCUUUACUACUUUGCUGCUUGUUUAUUCUCCAUGAAGCUUGCAACACAAUAGAGCCAUAAACAUCCCAUCAUUUGAAAAGUAGAUGCCAAAAGGGUAAUUCAAUCUUUAAUUUCAUUUUUACAAACUUAUUAUAACUAAGAUAAUUGACUAAAAUAUUUUUUUCUUGAACCUUAUAUUGCUUUCAUAUCAAUUCCUCUUUGCCACAACUGAGUUUCAAAGGUGAAGUAACUUGUCAAACCACUUACUAACUAUUUUAAGCAAGAAAGCUGUCGCCAGUGUCUACAUUUGGUAACACUAUUUGUCUAUACAAAAUUUUAUUUGUAAUAAUUUUUAGGAUCAAUUUAUGCACUAUUUUUUUGCUACUUAAAGCACCCAAAUUUAGCAGUGCUGUUUGCCACUCAUAACUAUAUUUUUGUUCAUAUUUGUAUACAAAUUGUUGUCAUAUUACUUCCAACACAUUGCAGUUUUUGUCAAGCCAACUUUUCAGUAUUUUUUUUUUUCCACUUUUUGAUAUUUUUUGUUUGUUGUGUGCCCAACCCUAUCAAACUGUUUCAAGUGAACAAUUUUUUAACCCUUUUUUUUGCCUAGUUUUUAUUUUUAGAUUUUUUUCUUUUGCAACUCCAGCAUCCAAUUAUAUGCAUCCAUUGAUUUUACUUGUAGCAGAAAUAUUUGUUUAAUUGCAUUUUUAAGACUCUUUUCCAUUUUUUUGGCCCCAAUCCCCUGCAGCCAUGUUUGCUCCUCACCUGUUUUGUUGUGAAUGACAUAUAGCCCACCGCCAUAGCUCCAGCCCCCUUCCAGGCUCAGUCAGGACGUGAUGCCAGGAGGAGGCAGCAGUAAAGGGGGCCGCGGUCCGUCCUCAUCCCCUCUCCCUCACACCGGCGUCCCAGCUCCCAGACCCCUCCGGCCCUCACGCUAUGUCCCCGUCUCCGCAGCAACCUUCUUCCUAGUUGGAUCCACCACACUGUUCUUCUGCUUCACGUGUCCGUGGCUAUCUGAGCGGUUCUCAGUUGCCGUGCCCAUCUACAAUGGCAUCAUCUUCCUGUUUGUUCUGGCCAACUUUUGUAUGGCCACAUUCAUGGACCCUGGCAUCUUCCCCAGAGCUGAGGAGGAUGAGGAUAAAGAUGAUGACUUUCGCGCUCCUCUGUAUAAGACAGUGGAGAUCAGAGGGAUCCAGGUCCGAAUGAAGUGGUGUUCCACGUGUCGCUUCUACAGACCGCCACGCUGCUCCCACUGCUCCGUCUGUGACAACUGUGUCGAGGAGUUUGACCACCACUGUCCUUGGGUGAAUAACUGCAUUGGUCGGAGGAACUACAGAUACUUCUUCCUCUUCCUCCUCUCCCUCACGGCUCAUAUCAUGGCCGUGUUUGGGUUUGGACUCCUCUUCAUCAUGUACCAUCGACAGAACAUCGACCGACUACACGCCAUUGUCACUUUGGCUGUGAUGUGUGUAGCUGGUCUGUUCUUUAUCCCUGUGGCUGGACUCACGGGGUUUCACAUAGUUCUAGUGGCCCGAGGGAGGACCACCAAUGAACAGGUCACAGGGAAGUUCAGAGGAGGAGUUAACCCUUUCACAAACGGCUGCCUCAAGAACGUGUCUCAUGUUCUGUGCAGCUCACAAGCUCCCAGAUAUUUGGGGAGAAAAAAAGGUGUACAAAGUGUAUGUGUGCAGCCUCCAUUCUUAAGACCCCAGCUCACAGAGGCUCAGCUGGCGGCUAAGAUCCUGGACAAUGGGAUCCAGGGAGAGCUGCACAGGUCAAAGUCGAGUCUGGAGAUGAUGGAGUCCCAGUCGUGUGACGCUGAAGCUCCUCCUCCUCCCAAACCCGAGCUGAGGUACCCGGGCAUCAGCCGCGGAAACAAUGAGGAGUGCAGCCUCUUGAACAAAGCCCCUCCCACUCCCACCAUGUACAAGUACAGACCCACAUACAGCCCUGGGAAGAACCACACAGCGCUAACACACGCUUAUGCUAACCAGCUGAGCCGAGGGGAGAGCGUUGGCAGCGCCCGUGACUCCUCCUCUUCCACCUCCUCCCUGCUCCAGUCCAGUCAGCAGCCCGGGUUCCGCUCCCAACCCAGCCUGGACCACCCCCCAUCGGAACGGCCCGGGGCCAACGCAGGGGGUGGCGAGAGGCGUGACACGGGCAGAGACUCUGGCAUGCCCGGGUACACUUUGGGCGGGCGUUCGUAUCCUUCGUUUUCGGAUGCAACCGUGCUAUCUGCAGUGGCUAGCUCCCGGUCCUCUAGCUCUGCUGCCACUGCUUCCACUAGCUUCAAGAGCUUAGCCAAUCAGACGCCGCCACCUCACCAAGCAACGCGCAAUGGGAGCCUAUCCUACGACAACUUGGUUACAGAUGAAUUUGAAAAGCAAGCGCCCAAUUCUACAACAUCUGUAGCAGGAGAAAGAGGAGAGAUUUCAGCAACUUCUGGAAGGCCCUCGCCAUUUUUAACCACCCAGCAAGCGGUUGAAAUGCAGUCACCGCAUCAUCAUCACCACCAUGGACACCACCAUCAUCACCCUCCGCCCUAUCUUCAUCGCUCCUCUUCAACAUCUUCGUCACCACAAUCCGCCUCAGAGCGAGACAUUUCUCUAAAUAACUCUGCUCCUCCCAUGUCGGCCCCUCCCCACCACCUUCACCACCACCAUCACCACCACCAUCAUCAUCACCACUCGACAAACAGACCGCCACGUUUCGGCGUUGCUCCUACUCCCCACGCCUACCCCUACCGCACCCGCUCCACAGAUACCCCCCCUAGUGGCAGUGGCACACCAGCGCAUCCUCCACGCUCGCCACACGCCCCACCCCUUGGUAAAUCAUUGUCCUAUUCAAGCGCUGCUGCAGCCGAAAUGCAAUACAGGCUAGUGCGGAAGGCGUCUGCGUCGGCUAGCGCUAACGCAGCUAAUGCAGGAGGGACAGGGGGGAUGGGAGGAGGAGGAGGAGCACAAACUUCGAAGGAUGAACCGAUCCCAAUGAAGCCUCUUGGAUGGACCAAUGGUGGACAGGCGCUGUCCUCGAGCUCCCCCCCUACCUCUCCCUCUCACCCAAUCAGCGUCUCUGCCCGUCCCGGAGUAGCCUAUCCCGGUUCAGCACUGGCACAAAGUCCCGCCCACAAACCUCAGGCCGGGACAGUCAAGAAAGUCACGGGAAUCGGAGGCACCACUUAUGAGAUUUCUGUUUAAAUUUUACGGAUUUAAAUACAGAAGAAUAAUAAUGAAUAACUCUGUUGCUUAAAGACAGUCUUAAAAGCUGCUGAUAUCAAGUGACCAACGUGACCUUAAUUUCAACUUUUUUUCCAUUGGAUUUGAACAAUUUUUUAACCGUGCUAGUCGUUAUGUCUAUGGCAAUUGCAUGGUUUUGUCUAAUAUAAAUUUUGUUUCACCACUGCCACUAGGAGCUCUAAACCCAAAAACUACCUUUUAAAAACAGCUCCUAUUGGCACUACGUUUUGUCCUUGGGUUUUUAUUACACAACAUUGAUAUACUAUGGAAUCCAAUCAUCAAAAAAACAUUAAAAGGGCUUCCCAUAGUUAAAAAAUGCCAAUGUUUUGCAUGGACUUAUGGUAAUGCCGCCCUAGUUGUUCUUACUCCACAGAAGCUGCUGUCUUGCCCAGAAAAAAAAUUAAACAUUAAUUUUUUGAAAAAUGCACAAGAAGCAAGAUUUUUUGGGGGGAGUGUAGAGUUGGCAUCAUCUUUAUCAAUGGACUUUCUACAAACUACUUUUUAAAACUGCACUUUCAACUCAAAAAAAAUG